CCCCCAGUUCAAUAUAAAAAGGGCUUCUACUUGAUCUCACCUGCAUGGCGGAUACCGACGACGCAACCUACGCGCCGCAAUCCCCAGAUCUCACGGCUGCAGACCAAUUUGAGCCCCACCCUCAGCACAGGGAGUACAGAGGCUCUAUUCCACACAUUUCGCCUUUCACUCCUACCAGUGACCUGAAGUCGCCCUUCGGCUUCCCACCCCAGCUCCUAACGCCUUCUGCCCAUCGAAGUUACCCACAACCAGGUCAACCACAACCGCAACCACAAGCUCAAUCGCCACGGCAAUAUCCACCAUUGGAUUCGCAGCAGGCAUCGCAAGCACAUACCUUGCACUCGUCUCCCCAGCCGUUGAGCUACUACAAUCAGCACUUUGCUCCUACCUCUCAGUCGCCUAGCCAUCCACCACCACAGCCCUUCAAUCCCUAUUUCGCAAACGCGACUGCUCCACAACACGCUCCGUACGGCGCUCCUAUUCCCGCACCUCACCGCCAGGGCCACCCUCCGCAGCAUCCGCAUUCUUCCGAGGUCAAACUGCAGGAAAGCCAUAGUGCCCAUCAGGAUUCCAGUGGAGCCGCCAUGCCAGCAGCCGUGCGGGGAGGCAAGAAAGCCAAGAAGGAGGAGGAGGACGCGGGCGGCGCUGAGUACGAGAACAACGCCCCCGGCGUUAAGGAGGGCAUCGAGGUGCGCACAAAGUUCCCCGUCGCUCGCAUAAAACGCAUCAUGCAGGCCGACGAGGACGUUGGUAAAGUUGCGCAGGUGACGCCCGUCGCCGUCUCCAAAGCACUCGAGCUCUUCAUGAUUUCGCUUGUCACCAAAGCUGCCGCCCAAGCUCGGAGCCGCGGCUCGAAACGCGUGCUUGCCACCCACCUCAAACAAGCUGUGCUCGAGGACGAUCAAUUCGAUUACCUCCAGGAGAUUGUAAGCAAGGUCGUUGAGGCCCCGUCCAAGACUGCAGACAAACACGAGGACAGCGACGAUGCUAUGGACGGUGGCAGCAUUGCCCCAGCGAAGAAGAAACGUGCCACCGGCGGAGGCAAGAAGAGAAGGAAAAACAGCGACGACGAUUCUUGAGCACCUAGAGUCUAUUAUCAAUCCUCUCCCGAAUGACUCUUUCUCCGCUUCCUUUCCACAUGGUGUCGGUGAAGCAAAUUCGGUGGUCCGAAUGCUAUGUGCUUCACCUGCAUCGCCACCAACCUCAUAAUACACAUGGACGUGCUUCCGGUGGACUGAAUGAACCAUUUAAACAUAGAUAUCUGCAUGUAUGUUGUUUAUUUUCUGCAUGGGAAUGCGGGUGUGUGCAUUUUGUCCUUCAUCCAGUCCACCGCGAGGGCCAAGCGUGGAGAAACAAGAUGAUCUUUUUUGGGGUGUACUGUGGAAGUGGAAAAAUAAAGGUGGACAUACAAAGUCCCGCAAGCACUAACGUGAUGUUGGCGUGAGGGUAUGGACAAUGUCCCCCCCAACAGUAGUAUACAGACAGGGACAGGUCUGCUCACGCACGCAGAAGAGCGGUACGUAGGAAUGAACAAAAGCAAGUACAACUA